CCAAACCCACAGGCAAAACCCUAGCCUUUCCCCGAGCUCGCCUUCCGUCGACCGGGCCAUGGCGGCGAGCCUCAGCGGGGCGCCGUUCACCAACGUCGACCCGGAGACAGCGAAGUACAUGCGGAGCAAGGGCUUGGACCCGCACGAGCUGGACCGGAGCAUGGAGAACAUCCUGUCGAAUCUACGGCAACCUCCCGCGCCGCCCGUCUCCGCCACCGCCCUGCUCUCCGCCCGCUUCCGCGGCGGCGGCGGCGUCGACCGCAUCAGCGGCCUCCCCGACGCGCUCCUCCGCGACAUCGUCUCCCGCCUCCCCGUCAAGGACGCCGCCCGCACCGCCGCGCUCGCCGCGCGCUGGCGCGGGGUCUGGCGCUCGGCGCCGCUCGUCCUUGCUGACGUCUUCCUCCUCUCCGAUGGCCCCAACUUGCCGCCCUCCGCCGACACGCGGGCCGCCGUCUCCCGCGUCUUCGCGUCGCACCCGGGCCCCUUCCGCUGCGUCCACCUCCUCUGCAGCCGCAUGGGCGGCGCGCACCAGGCCGAGCUCACGCGCUGGCUCCGGCUCCUGGCCGCCAGGGGCGUCCAGGAGCUCGUCCUCGUCAACCGCCCGUGGCCGCGCGAGGUGCCCCUCCCUACCACGCUCUUCACCAUCUCCACCCUCACCCGCCUCUACAUCGGCGUCUGGAAGUUCCCCGACGUCUCCGGCCUCCGCGGAGUCUCCUUCCCCAACCUCCGCGAGCUCGGCAUCUGCAGCGUCGAACUGAAGGACGGGGACAUCGACGCCGUCGUCGCCAGGAGCCCCGCCCUGGAAAUCCUCAACAUCGCGGGGAACUUCAAGGCGGUGAACCUCCGCCUCGUCAGCAACAGCCUCCGGUGCGUGCAGGUCUGCGCCUCCGUGAUGAAGAGCAUCGCCGUGGUGAACGCCCCGCGUCUCGAGCGUCUCAUCCUGGGGAACGCGGUUCACCCUGACGGUGCCUUGUGCACCAGGCUCAAGAUUCGCAAUGCACCUAAGCUGAGGUUGUUUGGGUACCUGGAGCCAGGGAAACACGCCCUAGAGAUCAAUGACACCGUUAUCAUGGCUGGGGUUGAAGUGAGAGCAAGCAUGAUGCUCACGACUGUGAAGGUUCUGGGUUUGAGGGUACAUUUCGGAGUCCAAAAUGACAUUAACAUGGUUGCCACCUUCCUCAGAUGCUUUCCCAAUGUGGAGGCGCUGCAUAUUGCGUCUGAAAAAUGUGACCAACCCACUGGCAAGCUCAACCUCAAGUUCUGGGAAGAUCAGGCUGGUCCCAUCGUAAGUGUGCUGUUACGCAUCGGAGUGAUGACAUUCAGUGCGUUUCGAGGGGAGCAAUAUGAGCUUUCCUUCCUCCAGUACUUCUUUGAGAGCGCAAGGAUGCUUAAGUAUGCAGUGAUCGCAAUGGAGAAUCACAUAUUUACUUCACUGUCUGCUGAUGAGAUGUUUGACACUGUGAAAAAUAUGAAUAGGACAAAAUGGGCAACUAACUUUGAUCUGGCUGUCAUGGGGAGAAUGAUCCCGAGGGAGGAGCACUCUGGACCUUUCAGCAGGGAGCAGAUUUUAGUAAUGGAGACCCUCUUGCACCAAUUAAAAUCAUAAGAGGGCCGGCGACUAAGCAGCAGAAGUCGCAAGCUGGCAAACAUCGCAACUGAGAUCUUCGACACAUGGAGCGUGCACGCAGGCCGAGAGUUUUUGGAUGGGGAGAUAACCUGAGUACCUGAUGGGAUUCUUCAUGGUUUUGCAGCGGGUUCUGUAAUGGCUACUCUGUUUGUUAGAGCUGUGCUGUGUGGUCUGUCUUUAUCUAACUGUGCCUGUGCUCUGUGGCCGGAUAUCAUUCUCCAGUAACUGAAAAAGACAUGGUCUUAUUAGCGAUUUAUCUCUUA